GUGCGUAGCCACACCUGUCGGUGGAACAUUGUAUUCCGUGAUGGCCACGGUAUCAUUCUUCUUCUGGCGUUUUCUCCCUCCCUGAUUAACUAUUGCUUUUGCUAUUUGUAUUUCGCCCCAUCUGAGCUGUGCUCUCUGUUGGCUCGUUCGAGCUUAUUACAUUUGUUUAUUUCCUCCCCGUCGCCCGGGACGUCGGUCAGGCCCGGCGCAUUGUCUAGACUCGCACCGAGAGGACAAGAGAGAAAAAACACAAUGGCGGACGAAGGAGAAUUGCGCCAGAGGAAGCCGGCACCUGACGCCAAAUGGACAAAGAUUGACCCGUCGACCACAAAGAUUCGAACAAAGAAGGAGAUCGAGGACGAGGAAGAUGUUUACUAUCCCUGGUGGGAUCUCCUCCGCCUCGCUGUCGGUCUGACGAUCGCCUACUGCGGCCUGAGCUACUUGGCAACUGGCGGCGAGACCUAUUCGAUCGGCUACCAAGUUCCCAUGAAAUACCUGCACCUGGACUCAAUCUCAAACCCAUUCAGAAAGCCGCUAUGGAUCACGCCCGAGGAACUCGCUGCUUUUGACGGCUCGGACGAGAACAAGCCGGUCUACAUUGCCAUCAACGGCACCAUUUACGACGUCUCCGCGAACCGCCGCACCUACGGCCCCGGCGGCUCGUACCAAUUCUUUGCCGGCGUCGACGCCUCGCGCGCCUACGUCACAGGCUGCUUCGCCGAGGACCGCACGGCCGACAUGCGCGGCGUCGAGGAGAUGUUUCUGCCGCUCGAGGACCCCGAGGUCAACAAGCAGUUUUCGGCCGCGGAGCUCGAGGAGAUGCGCAAGAGGGAGCGCGAGGAGGCUGAAAGGAAGCUGCACGACGCGCUGAAGCACUGGGUCCAGUUCUUCCGCAACCACAAAAAGUAUAGAAACGUCGGCCGCGUCAAGAGGCGGCUCGACUGGCUGGAAAAGGAGCCGAAAAAGAAGCUGUGCAAGCAGGCCCAGGAGGGGAGGCCGAAGAGGAAGAUUCCCGGCGACAAGAAUAAGACGAACGCUGGCACGGGCGGGCAAUAGGUUGAUUGGUGACUUGUGGCCCUGCGUAUCGUCAAAAAUCUAAAGGGGUUCUUUGGAGGCACUGUCGUUUUGGGGUGCAUGCGUAAAUCAUUAAAUUUGCAGGCUCAAGUUACAACCCUAGGGUAGGUAGGUACCUACCUGGGUAUGCAGCCACAACAUUACUAGCAUAUUGCAUUAUGUACUGUACGACGUCCUCUGACCCAAUGUUUCCGCAACACAGCUCUUGUGCUUGGGGUUCAGACGAUCAAAGACUGCGCUCUUGCUGCCUGUCGUGAUGUUGGCAGCGUAUAUGAAGUACCCUGUCGUUACCCUGACCUGUCCAGCACACCGAGGCCCAGCAAUGUCUCCCAGCUAAUGGUUGCCAUAGAAUCUUGAUCAUAGUUCCCGCCUAGGCAUGGGAGCCUCCUCCUUCACUGGCCUAACUCGAUCCCAGCUUCAUCUUCUGGCUCGUACUCCUGAAUGUAUGGUUCAUGGCUCGUGCUCAUGCAGCAUCCCAUGAUGAUUGAUUUCAGUUGACCAGAUGUUUUUCUUUUUUUUUUCUUCUUUUUUUUUUGG